CGUGCGAAGAGUCCGGCGUGUCAUUCUGUGGAAUCCGCCACCUGAAACACACUAUAUAACAGCAAACACACACACACACACACACACACACACACACACACACACACACACACACACACACACACACACACAUAAACUCUCUCUCUAUCUCUCUCACUACACACACACACACACACACACACACACACACACACACUCUCUCGAGUCUCUGCUGCAGCUCAUUCUGCGCUCGAUCAUCACACAGCAGAUCAUCUGUUCUUGAAGAUGAUUCCUCCUGGAGACUGUCUGUACGCUGGGAGGAAGAGGAGGAAACCCGUCCAGAAACACAGAAAACCAGCGGCGGUGACGGAGAAGUCCAACCCUUCGAAGCGGCAUCGUGAUCGUCUGAACGCUGAGCUGGACCGACUGGCCAGUCUCCUGCCCUUCUCCCCUGAGAUCAUCUCCAAACUGGACAAGCUCUCCGUCCUGCGCCUGAGCGUCAGCUACCUGCGGGUCAAGAGCUUCUUCAGUGCUGCUCAGGAAAACCCUCGUGAGAAACACGCGAGCGGGAAACAGUGCGACACGACGGCCAGCAGCGUCCCUGAGAGCCAGCUGCUUCUAGAGUCUUUAGCAGGUUUUGCGCUGGUGGUCAGCAGUGAUGGGAUGGUCUUCUAUGCCUCUUCCACCAUAGUUGACUACCUGGGCUUCCACCAGACAGAUGUGAUGCAUCAGAACGUGUUCGACUACAUUCACGUGGAUGACCGGCCAGAGUUCAGACGGCAGCUGCACUGGGCCAUGAACCCUUCGGCUCAUAGUGACGAGCAGCAGUGUCCUAGCGGCACGGGUGAAGAUUUGGUGGUCAGCAGUUUGUUUCAGUCUAAGGAGACGGGUGAUGUUCCUCCAGAGUUCUCCUGCUUCCUGAAGCGCUGCUUCAUCCUCCGGGUCCGCUGCUUACUGGACAGCACCUCCGGGUUCCUGACGAUGCAGUUUCAAGGCAGACUGAAGUUUCUUCACGGUCAGAGGAAGAAGACGGGGUCCGGGGCCCUCCUGCCUCCUCAGCUGGCUCUGUUCUGUGUGGCUGUGCCUCUGCUGCUGCCCUCCAUCACUGAGAUGAAGAUGAAGAGCGCUGUGAUGAAGAGCAAACACAGGACCCCCGGAGUCCUCACUUCACUAGAUCACAACGACAGAGCCGACCCUCUCAGACGUGCCUCGCUCCUGAGCAAAGACGGCGACAGGUACAGGAGCGAGGGACCCUACGGCCCCGAAGAGCCUCUGGACUUCUGUAAGACCAGCACUCAGAAGUUCACAAACCUGGACUGCGGCGCCUGGCCCUCGAGAAGCUCCUCGUCCCUCGGCAGACACUACGGUAAACCGUAUCGAGCGGCCCCGGGGUAUUACAGCUCCAGAGCUGAAGCCUUUGGGCCCCGGCCCUACGAGAGCGACUGCGCAGACGGAGCAAAGAGCCAGGGCUUCUGCUUCGAUGCAUACGACGGUCAGCCGGUGAUGGAGCCUGCUGUGAAGGUGGAGCAGGACUCGGACUCAGAGAACGGCUGCUCGUGGACACAGAUGAAGGAGGAGGCUGGAUUCGGAGAGCCGUACUCCUGCCAGCGGCUGAAGGGAGCGCCCUACGGAGGGCAUUAUUACGGAUCGACCCGAGCGCUCAAGUGUGCCCUGAACCGAGACACAGCCUCCAGCACACACAACACACACUGCCCCGACGCCUACGCCGACUACAAAGGGUAUGUCCAACAUGACUAUAAAGCGGGUUAUGAGUUCAAAGGUCACGGGCUGCUCCACUGCAUCAAGCAGGAGCCGGUGGACGCACCGCUGUGGCACGACGGCACACACUGCUCCACGAGCGCCGCUCACAAGAUCAACCCCUACGUCUUCAUGCAGUAGCUUCUCCAGUUCUAUCAUCAUUUGUUCAUGCUGUCUGUUUCCAACCCACAACCAACCUGUCACUUGCACACACACACACACACACACACACACACAGAGACACACAUUUCUUCUUUUAUUUGGAUCAACAAGAAAAGCAACAUAACAUACGUAACAUAACACACAGACACACACACACACAUUUCUUUUUUCAUUUGGAUACAUAAGACAAGCAACAAGACACGCAUGUACACACACACACACACACACACACACACACACACACACACACACACACACACACAAAA